AUGAGCGACUGGGCCAAGGACAUGCUGUUGUUCACCGAGGCCUUGAACAUCGACAAAAUCGACCUUUUGGGAUUUUCGAUAGGUGGACCGCCAAUGCUGGAGGCUGCGCUCGCCGCCCCGCAUACUGUUCGUAAGCUCGUUAUAGCGGGUUCACAUGCAUCAGCUCCUACUUCCAAGCCACCACGAGGUAUCGUGUGGCCAAGAGAGCCAAUAGGCGAAGGUGCAUUGAUAAAGCUUGCAGCCGCCACUGAUGUGGAGGGUAGCAGGAAGGCCCUCAGAGAAACUUGUUUCUCCACUUCGGAGCAGGGAAAGGCAGCUUUUGACAGGUAUUGGACGCGUCUUGAGCAAAGGAUAAUCGAGCCGUUACAUCUCAACCUGCAGCAUAUGUAUAGUGGUGGAGAUAGACAGGUUGCGGCAGGGAACUUGGUCAAUACGCCAGCAUCUGGAGGCUUGUUCGAUAGGCUCGGGCAGCUGAGAAUGCCGGUACUCUUAUUGCAUGGGCGCGAUGACACCGUUGUCCCGGCAAGUCGAGGCUGGGAAUUGCUGCAGCUAAUUGAGGAUGCGCAGUUGAAGGUAUAUCCGCAGAGUGCCCACUCCUUCCUGUUUGAGCAUCCACUACGAGUCGCAGAGGACAUUAAUGAAUUCCUGGGCUGA